UUGAGUGACAGGACAGUGCCAAAAGGCUGAGGCGCACUCGGAUUGGUCAGAGCGCACUUUUACAAUCUCCUCUUUACCAAGCUGCGCACAGUGAGCAGCUCUGUACCUCCUGAAACUCUCAGAGGAGCAGAGAGCACCAGCAGAGCCGCAGCUGAAGCGUCUGCAGCGGACUUUACCCAAACCGAAGACAAGACUCCACAGUCCACGCGUUUUACGCACGCCGACCUGCGUUCCUGCGACCCUAUUUUUUGUUUUUCUUCAAAGUAUCUCUCCUUGAUUUUAACAAAGUAAGUGUUUCUUGAGCACUGAGCGCUUUUGGAAAGAAAACAUGAGAUCCACCUCUAGGUCAAUGUGUAGAAUGGUUCGACUGGUACUGACACUAGUCCUGGUAUCGGCGUGCAGCGCGUCCGAGUACGAGUACCUGAGCUGGAAGCCGGACUCGCACUCGAACGGCGGCGGCCGCAGCUACGGCAAACCGCCGCAGUGCUGGGACAUCCCGGACGACCUGAGGCUGUGCCACAACGUGGGUUACACCCAGAUGCUGCUGCCUAACCUGUUAGAGCACGAAACCAUAGUCGAGGUGAAACAGCAGGCCAGCAGCUGGGUGCCCCUGGUGCACAAGAACUGUCACCCCGGCACGCAGGUUUUCCUCUGCUCGCUAUUUGCGCCAGUGUGUCUGGAGCGGCCGAUCUACCCGUGCCGCUGGCUGUGCGAGGCCGUGCGCGACGGCUGCACCCCGAUCAUGGAGGCGUUCGGCUUCCCUUGGCCGGAGAUGCUCACCUGUGACAAGUUUCCACAGGACGAAGUUUGUAUCGCUAUGACGCAGCCCAACGCCACCGACGCCACCAGGCCCACAGGUUAUUCUCCCAUCUGUCCUCCAUGUGACAAUGAACUGAAUGCAGACGCCAUGCUGGAGCACAUGUGUGCCAGUGAGUUUGCUUUUAAGGCCAAAAUCAAGGAAGUACAGCGUGAAAACAUGGACCGUAAGGUUAUCCUGCAAAAGAGGAAGAAGAUGGUAAAACAGGGCAACCUGAAGAAGAAGGACCUGAAGCAGCUGGUGUUGUACUUGAAGAACGGUGCAGACUGUCCCUGCCAGCAGCUGGAAAACCUCAGUAACCAGUACCUGAUCAUGGGCCGCAAGGUGGACAAGCAGUACCUACUGACAGGCAUCCACAAGUGGGACAAGACCAGCAAAGAUUUUAAAAAGGCCAUCAAGAAACUCAAGACCUACAAAUGUCCCGCCUUCGAGAAUGUCUUCUAAUGAGAUGAUCUUGCUGCCAACCUUGGUGGCAUCUCCUACGAAGAACUUGCGUGAAGCAUUAAAAACCCAAACUUUGCUUUUCAUUGUUCUGUUUAUAUAUCUAUAUAUAUCUUUGUAUAUUGACGUAUACAGUACUUUAAAAUGUUCAUUAUUAAGUUUUAGUUAAAUGUGGUGAGUGAUUACAUCACAGGCACAGUCACUAAAAGGUUGGGUUUUUCCUUUUUCCUCUGCAGCUUCAGAAAAGGACGUUGUAGUUUCAGCCCUUCCUCACUAAAAGCAGUUUCACAGUUUCACAGUUUAUGUCUAUGAUUUACUGAAGGAAUAAUCUGACAUUUGAACCGGAAAUGUUAUAGACUAUUUGUCUUUAACAUAUUAGCCAGACAUAUAUAUAAAUAUAAACAUAUCACAUUAGCAGAAUGAUGUCAGGAAUAUCAGUUUUCCUUCAUGGCUUAAACCUUGAGGAAGGAGAAGGUGGAGAACAGACCAAGGACACCUUGGCCUGGGGUCGGAUAUCGCCACUUAGACUUAGAGGGCUGGACACUUGAUGAGCUGAUUUUGAAAUGUACAGUCUUACUACUUGGAUUGUUCACACAUACUUUUCACACAAAUAAAAUUAAGGUCAGAGAUUCAAAUGAUUCUGAAAUAUAUAUUAUAAAAUGUAGUGCAGAGCUUUGGUAGAACACUUGGUCACUCGCUUUUUCUCACUGUCUAACAUAAACAUUAUCAUAAAUGUAGAACAUCUAGGCAAGAGGUUGCAUCUUCCCUUUGCAUGGCUCUUCGCGGUUUGAGUAGGUAGAAAAGGUGUUAAAAUAUUUCCAGAAUAUUCACAAUAAUCAGACAUUUUAGUUUGGACAGUUAUAACCCUGUGGCUGCCACUGCCAAAGACACAAAAGACGUUUUAACCGUUUAGAAAAAGUACUUGUAACAUCUAGGCUACAGGUUUCAAAUCGAGCUUUACCUGCUUUACUUGGUAUCAAAUGUGUGAGAAAUGUUCUAGAAAAUGUCAUAAACAUCCAGACCACAGGCCACAUUUGUUCCUUCAAAUAAAAAUAAAAAAUCACUAUUGUUUGUUACUGUUAGUUGUUUUCAACGCAGUGCAGCAGUUCCAGAUUAGAACUCACUGAGAAAUUUGUAGGAAAUCUUCAAUUUUCUUCGUAACACGGAAAUUCCAGAUGGUGUCCUGAUUCGUCCCAUUCAGUCAAACUGCAGCAAUCCAUAUUUACUGGUUAAGUGGGAAAUCUUGUAGUCAAAUGUGUUUAUACGUGCAAAUGUUGCAAAAUGUGUGCUGUUGUGGGUUUGCUAGUUCGUUUUAGCACUAUUGUGUUUCUGAUGUGAAUGUGAACGGUCCAUUUCUGCCUGUUACAUGUACAGUACAUACAAAUUUUACAUAAAUAUGAAAAAAAAA